AUGUCGCGCGCACCCCAAAGCGGAUCCCGCAAGAUCUCGUUCAACGUGUCAGAGCAGUAUGACAUUCAAGACGUAGUAGGCGAGGGUGCCUACGGUGUUGUAUGCUCUGCACUGCACAAGCCGUCGGGCCAGAAGGUGGCCAUCAAGAAGAUCACUCCCUUCGACCACUCCAUGUUCUGUCUGCGCACACUGCGCGAGAUGAAGCUCCUCCGCUACUUCAACCACGAGAACAUCAUCUCAAUCCUCGACAUCCAGAAGCCGCGCAGCUACGAGACCUUCACCGAGGUCUACCUCAUUCAAGAGCUCAUGGAGACCGACAUGCACCGCGUCAUCCGUACCCAAGAACUGUCAGACGAUCACUGCCAAUACUUCAUCUACCAGACACUGCGUGCUCUCAAGGCCAUGCACUCGGCCAACGUCCUGCAUCGCGAUCUCAAGCCUUCCAACUUGCUGCUCAACGCAAACUGCGAUCUCAAGGUCUGUGACUUUGGUCUCGCUCGCUCAGCUGCCUCGACCGAAGACAACCAGGGCUUCAUGACCGAAUAUGUUGCUACCCGUUGGUACCGCGCUCCCGAGAUCAUGCUCACCUUCAAGGAGUACACCAAGGCCAUUGACGUGUGGUCCGUCGGCUGCAUUCUCGCCGAGAUGCUGAGCGGCAAGCCCUUGUUCCCGGGCAAGGACUACCACCACCAGCUCACCCUCAUCCUCGACGUUCUGGGUACGCCCACCAUGGAAGACUACUACGGCAUCAAGUCACGCCGCGCUCGCGAGUACAUUCGUAGCUUGCCCUUCAAGAAGAAGAUCCCGUGGAAGGCCAUGUUCCCCAAGACUUCGGACCUUGCCCUUGACUUGCUCGACAAACUUCUCGCCUUCAACCCUGCUAAGCGCAUCACCGUUGAAGAAGCUCUGAGACAUCCUUACCUCGAGCCCUACCACGACCCCGAAGACGAGCCUACCGCCGACGCCAUUCCCGAAGAGUUCUUCGACUUUGACAAGAACAAGGACAACCUCACCAAGGAGCAGCUCAAGCAGCUCAUCUUCGAGGAGAUCAUGCGGUAA